AGUGGCGGGAAAUUUCUGGCGCGAACUGAAUCUGUCGUCUGUACAUCUGUAAAUUUUCUCUCAGUUUCACUCGGCAAAAUGAUGGCCCAGCAGCUCAACUCCCCGCCGCUGAAGAGACAGAGGGCGGACAGGGACGGUCAGGACGAGCCAGACUCAUCGGAAGGGUUCAGGUUCAGCCAGGAACCGACUCUGGACCAAAUUCGAGCGAUGCAGAACCAGUUUUCCCGGGAGAGAAACUGGGACCAGUUCCACACGCCGCGCAACCUUCUACUGGCCAUGACUGGAGAAGUUGGAGAAGUUGCAGAGCUAUUUCAGUGGAGAGGAGAGGUGGAGGAAGGACUCCCAGACUGGUCUGAGAAGGACAAGAAGCACCUGUCCCAGGAGCUGAGCGACGUGCUGAUUUACCUGGUCCGUCUGGCGGAGAAGUGCCACGUGGACCUGCCUGCUGCUGCCGUGGACAAGAUCAAGCUCAACAAGCUCAAGUACCCAGCCCACCAGGUGUAUGGCUCCAGCAAGAAGUACACAGAGUACAACACACCUGAGAAAAACAGCUCAUAAUGUAUACUGGUCAUUGGGGGAGGGGGAGGGGGGCAAGAGAUCAUCAGAGAAACAACUACUGGUUGGGGAUAGAGUCAAGUCAUCACCAGGUGUACGGCUCCAGCAAGAAUUACACAGAGUACAACACACCUGAGAAAAACAACUCAUGAUGUUACAAGAGAUCAGCAAUAUCAUCAGUUAGAAGUACACAGAGUAUUCAUGCCUGAGAAAAACAACAACUGGUGGACUUAAGUCACAACAGGGAAGAAGAAGAAGCUGAACAUUAAUAGAAGUACACCUAAUAUUAAACACUCAGUUAAAACGGCUCGGUUGAGGUGGUUAAAGGGGGAGGUAUGAGGGCAAGAGAUUUCAACAUUCUUAUCAGUUAGAACUGUUAUCAGUGUAUUCCAUACCUGACAAGAACAACUCUUGUUACUGUACUGUCCAGGGAG